AUGGACUUCCUCCAGAGCCUGAGCCUCCCACCUACACUGUACCUUCUAGCAUACUCCUUCCCCGCCAUACUCAUCGGUAUCGCCUUCACCUGUUUCACCAGCCCAGAUGACGCAGCCGAGAUAAUGGGCUUCGAGAUCACGGAAAAGAGCCGGCCAUAUCCCUUGUGGUACACAUUCGGGAUGCGAGAGCUCACAAUUGGAAUCUCAAUAUGGAUCAUGAUGGCCUGCGAUCAGUGGAAAGCCGCGACGAUCACUAUGGGAUGUCAUGGCUUAAGCGGCCUAGGCGACUUCUAUAUCGAUGGAACAUGGGGCCAAGGAAGUUGGGUGGUUUGGCAGCUUGCUCAUGAGCAGCAAUGGUAG